AUGGGAAAAAGUGAAAACGUAUCUACCAGUGCUAAGUUGCAGGCUCCAACAAGCGAGCAGCUUCGAAUAGCUCAGUUGCUGAACGAUCCAAAGGGUACCACUGACCCUGCAGUGAUGCGAGAGAAAGUGCUUAAGGUCAUUGAGUUGACAAGGUGUACAGAAAGCGAAGCUUUGGGUGCGUUACACGACUGUGAUAAUGAUGUCGAGAAAGCUGUUGACCAGCUGCUUGAAGGGGACAGACAGGGUGAGUGGAUUGUAAAAGAAGGAAGAAAAUCAAGGAAAAGUCAUUAUACCAUCCAAGAAAAUCACGAACGAACGGGUUCCCCUACAUUAGAAGAUCAUCGCCGUCAAAAUGAGGUUAUUGAGAUUGGCCAGGGCAGGUUCAGUGGGAAUCGCAGGGCACGAGGUACUGCCCGAACCUUCAGCCAGGGCCCGCCUCCGCGCUUCCGAGGCCGAGGAUCGGGAUGCAAGGAGAUAAACGCCUGGGACUAUAAAACUAGUAAAGGGGCGGUUGAUGUUCGUGACAUUGACGAGUGGAAGGAUUCUAGCACUUGGGACAAUUCUAUGGCCGCAAACGCGAUCAACGUAAAUCGUGCCGGCAGCGGAAGUAUAUUGAACAGUAAGAUCGACGAGUGGUCGCCAGAUGACUGGGGCGAAGGCGAUGAUGAAUGGGUUCGUGGUCCACGUGUUUUCACAGCGUCCAACAUGGAGUCGAAGGCGCUAACGAUGGUCGGUCAAGACACAUGCUUGUCUGACUUGGUUCAUUCACUCGAAGCGUCGUCCAAAGCUACGGGUAAUGGGCAGUUUUGCAGCGAAAGCAUCGAUGUAAAUCUACUGUUCACGCAAAAAUCCGAUGAUUCCACAUCUCACGUCAGCUGCGUCCCUGUAGUCAGCGAAGGCGAUUGGUCGAAGCACGCGGCGGACACCAUCAAAAGCGAAUUAGGAAUCGGCAAAGCGUUUGCAGAACCGCUGGACACUGCGUCGCGCAUGUUGUCACAUGAAAGCUUUUUGAGAUACCACAAAGGGAUCGUCGGAAAGAUUGAGUGUCCUUUGGACAGAACUCGAUUAGAUGCUAGAGCUGCCAGUUUUGAUGUAGCGUUCCUGAUGAUGUAUUUCCAGGCAAAGCCGAAGAAUCUUAACUUAGAAGUUCACUGUUGCGCUACUCUGUCGAUAUGA